GACAAUGCGGCCUUUGUUUCUUUUGCUUUUUUCCAUAUCCCUAGACGGCGCUUAUGCUGCUAGCCCUCAUGUAAUGAACUGGUCCUCCCAGGCCUAUGGCCCGGAUGGCCCAUGGCAAGCUGUUACGAUCUCGGUGGGGAGCAAUAAUCAAUCCGUCGAUCUUUAUCCAGGUGCCAAUUGGGCCAGCACGAUUAUGAUGGACUCGCUUUGUACAAACAAAACCCUGUCGACAACGUGUUAUGCAGCGAGCGCGGGUACUUAUAACAACUCCGAAUCGACUUCGGCCAUCUCCUUGAAUACGACAUCGUGGCAGACUUUUUAUUGGGGUGUACAGGGAGGAAGUAUAGAAGGUGUGAUUGCUGACCAAGUCAACAUUGGCCCAGUUGUGCCAAAUGUCAGCUUCACGGGAAUUUACCAGACCUACCAGACCUAUCCCAAUGGGCAAGACUAUCCCGUCUCCGUAGGAAAUCUUGCACUGGGGGCCCCGAAAUUGAAAGAUGAGGUCUCGAAUUUAACCCUCAAUAUGAUUGCCUCGUCGCUUUAUUCUUCUGGGGACAUUCCGUCUUACUCGUAUGGGAUGCAUAUUGGGUCCGCAAACGCAGCUAUUCCAGGCUCUCUUGUCCUAGGUGGUUACGAUCAAAGUCGGAUUCUGGGGGACGUGAGUGCGCAGUCAGUGAGUCUGAAUGAGUACUCGAGUGGUAACCUGCAGAUUUCGUUGAAAGAUAUCGGACUUGGUGUUGCAACCGGCGGGUCACCAUUCAGCUUCACCAGUAAGAAUGGGUUAUUCCUUCAAAGCAGUGGCGCCGUAGUUCCCAAGACAGUUGCUAUUGACCCGACGAAACCCUACCUGUAUCUCCCCGAGGCUACCUGCAAUGCAAUCACCUCGUCCUUUCCCGUCUUUUUCGACGAGGGCUUGGGCUUGUACAUCUGGGACACCAGCAACGGCGACUACGACAGGAUCACCUCGUCAGCGACAUAUCUUUCCUUUGUGUUCAACCAAAAUGGUAUCAACAACCAGAACAUAACCAUCAAGGUGCCCCUCUCGCUGCUCGCACUGACCCUGCAAGCGCCACUUGUGAACCAAAACGCCACAUACUUCCCUUGCUUCCACUCAACCGAUACCCCGGUUCUCGGCCGGCCGUUUUUACAGGCGGCCUUUGUUGGCGUUAACUGGUUUGAAGGCGACAACACCGGUACUUGGUUCCUUGCCCAAGCUCCGGGUCCCGGCGCUGCCAGUGCCAAUAUCACCACCAUUAAUAUUGACGACUCGACCUUGAGUGGAUCGAGUAGGUCCUGGGAACACAGCUGGGCUGGAUUCUGGCAUCCUCUUGCAGAGAGUAGCUCUAGCAACUCAACAACCGGUAACUCAACCGGCCCAGGGGCUGAUAGUAGCGGUCUUUCAACAGGUGCAAAAGCAGGCAUCGGCGUUGGGGUCUCAGUCGCAGGUUUAAUUCUUAUUGCACUGGUUGUAUGGAUUGUGAUGCUUCGUCGCAGACGCAAGAAUGCACCUCAAGAUUCUCCAGUGGAGGAAAGAACAUCGGUUAUCAAACGCGUGGUCGAAUUGCCGGGAAGAGAUAAAGAUGGGCCGGCAAAGGAGUUAUAUACGCAGGGUAAUAAUGUACAUCCUCGCGAAAUUAUGGGGUCGCAGGAGCCCCCGCGUUACGAGUUGGAUUAAUUGUGGUUUAUACGCUUGGUGCGUUAGGCAUCUUAGCAAUCCAUUUUGAACAGCAUCUGAAAUAACGACUAUAUU